AUGAAAACCAAAAUCUGUAUCAAAAUAAUAUUCAUAUUUUUGUUCGGCUAUGCAAGUGGGAUAUCCCCAGAAUGUCAGAAUACACCUAUAAAUGAUCCGAAAUACGAAAAUACUUUGUUUUGGUUGAUGUUCCCAAAUGAUCAAAGAAAUGAGAGCGAUGUAGGUUUUUUCUAUUUUUCAGAAAGAGAGAGAGCAAAUAGUAAUUUCAGAGAGAAAGAGCAUCGUAUAUUGUUGAACAAUUAUUGUGUGAAUUGCCAGUAAAUGCUCAGUUUGGGUAUUCAUUUGGUUAUUUUAUGCAAAAUAAUGGCCCUUAUUCAAACACUAAUCGCAUAUUUUCAAAUGUAAUUCACAUAAACUACCCCAGAGUUGAUCAAUCUGGAAAUCUAUGUGAUAAACUCAUAGAAGGAUUGAAUCAUUAUAAAGCGAAAGAGCCAUCUUACAAUCCAAUAAUCUUUAUUUUUUUGUUUCCCGCAGCUGACAAUUGUUCCAUUUAUGAAAGCUUCAAAAAUAAAAAGUUUUCCAAAAAGUACUCUUUUUUUGGAAUUCAUUUCGAUAAUACGAAAAGCGAUGAUUAUGUCAGUUUGAAUAUUCAACACUUGAGAAACUUCGAUAUCAAUCAAAAAAUUGCGAUUCCUCCUUUAGUACAAGAAAUUAAAGAAUUGUGAGUUUUUGUUUUACUCUGGUAAAAAGAAGAAACCUAAAUAUUCAGUGCUCGUCAAAUUCUUGGAUUGGAAGAAGAAAAACCGCCAGCUCCUCAUGAAGAACACUGGACCGAUCAUUUAUGGGCGCCAUUGUAUAUCCUUAUGUAUUUGGCGGCUAAUAUUGGUCUUGUAGUUUUCAUGAUUUGUAUUAUUUCUUGUGUUUCUCGUCGAAAAUGA